AUGAGUGCUUUGUCUGGGAGGUCACUUCAACAGUCGCUUUGGAAACUCUCGAGAAGGUUUCUUACUUCAAGGCAGCUGGUUUACUCCGAGCGUGGUAAUCCGUCGAAGGUAGUAAAAUUAACAAAUGUCGACUUAAGUGAGACUUUGGGGCCAAAGCAGGUUCUUAUUCGGUGGUUGGCUGCUCCUGUAAAUCCAGCGGAUAUUAAUCAAAUUCAAGGAGUUUACCCUGUAAAGCCUCCACUUCCUGCAGUUGGUGGAAGUGAAGGAGUUGGCGAAGUGGAGAAGGUCGGAACUGAUGUGAGUGGCUUUACUCAAGGGGACCGUGUGGUUAUUGUUCGAUCAGGAGCGGGAACUUGGCAGACUUUAGGCAUAUAUGAUGCUGAAGAUUUAGUAAAAAUUGACAAAAAUAUGUCGCUUGAAUCCGCAGCUACUUUCCAAGUGAAUCCGCCUACAGCAUAUCGUAUGUUGUCCGACUUUGUUACUCUGCGUCAAGGAGACUUGGUGAUACAGAAUGGUGCAAACUGCACAGUGGGCAGAGCAGUGAUUCAAAUAGCUCAUGCGCGCGGAGUACGCACCGUCAAUUUGAUAAGGAAGUCGGAUCAUUCCGAAAAAGUUAUUGAAGAGCUGAAAAAAUUGGGAGCUGAUGAGGUUCAUACCGAGGACGAGAUGCUAAAAGAAUAUAAAGGAAAGGUAAAAAAUGCCAAGCUAGCUUUUAAUUGUGUUGGAGGACGCAGCACCUUAAUAUUAGCCAGCUGUCUUGGUCAAGACGGAGUUUUAGUAACAUAUGGAGGCAUGAGCAAACAACCCUUACAAAUACCAACCGGCCCUCUAAUUUUUAAGAACAUUCAUCUAAGGGGAUUCUGGAUGACGGAAUGGUAUAAGCAACCAGAAAAUAAAAAGAAAAGAGCUGAGAUGUUUGAAAAGCUCUCAGAACUUGUUCGGCAAGGGAAGCUGCAACCACCAAAUGUCGACAAACGAAGUUUAGAUGACUGGCAAGUGGCCUUGGAAAAGGGCGAAAGUGGUACUGGCAACAAACAACUGUUCAUUAUGUGA